CUGUGGGUCAGGGCUGAGCGGGGAUUACAUCUCUGAGGAGGGACACUACUGGAUUGGCAUGGACAUCAGCCCUGCCAUGCUGGAUGUGGCCGUGGAGAGGGAGGUGGAAGGAGACCUUCUCCUUGCAGACGUGGGUCAUGGCAUUCCCUUCAGGCCUGGCAUGUUUGAUGGCUGUAUCAGUAUUUCUGCAGUGCAGUGGCUCUGUAAUGCUGACAAGAAAUCACACAGCCCUCCAAAACGCCUCUACAGAUUCUUCUCCACUCUCUACACUGCUCUGGCCCGAGGAUCCCGAGCUGUGCUGCAGCUGUACCCCGAGAACUCGGAGCAGCUGGAGCUCAUCACAGCCCAGGCCAUGAGAGCUGGUUUUACUGGGGGAAUGGUGGUUGAUUACCCCAACAGUGCCAAAGCCAAAAAGUUCUUCCUUUGUCUCUUUGUUGGGGCCUCUGGCACAUUACCAAAGGGCCUUGGUACUGAGUGUGCUGAUGAAGAGCCACACCAGGCAAAGUUCACCAAUGAAAGGACACGGUUCAGAAACGCCAAGGGCAAGUCCGUGAAGAAAAGCCGGGACUGGAUCCUGGAGAAGAAGGAGCGUAGACGACGACAGGGCAAGGAGGUGCGAGCAGACACGAAAUACACGGGUCGGAAGCGCCGCCCUCGCUUCUGAACUGCUCUGGACACUGCUGGUGUGGAAGGUGUGGGUGCCUCCAGUAAGCCUCCCAUGGAUGCACAGUUGGGCACCCCAGGCCUGGGACUUACAGGGACAGGUCAUUGUGGUUCUUGAAGGUGUGAACUGACUCAGCUGCUGCCCAACAGCAAAGCUUCCAGCCCUGUUUUCCUGGUGGAGUGGCAGACAGUGCUCUGGCCACUUGGUGUCUGCAGUGCCAUCACUUACCUCCGAGUGCAGUGAGCCAGCUGAGCUCCAGGUGAGCCAGGACAUGAUAUCCAGCUUCCUCACUAAACAGUCAAGGACUUAGAA